AUGUAUUCGUUUCCAGGCAGCAGCAGAGGCGGAGGUUUUGCUCCACGGGGGGUGCGAGGCCGCGGUGGACGAACCCCUCACUUCACCAAGACCAGAGAACAGGUGAAGCCUGACAUUGAGAGGCAUCCUCUUGGAGACAUCAUGAAGACAAUUCGCGGCUCAGAUCUGAUCGUAGGGAGCAAUCACUCAACUGACGUCCCUGAGAUAUCUGGGUGUCAGUAUGUCGCGUCCUACAACUGGCUAAAUAGCGAAGUUCCCACGAUCAUUGUUCCAGGAAAACCCCCACAGUGGACACCCCUCACAACUCCACAGCGUCUGAAGGAAGACAGUGGGCAGUACUAUCGUGAUCUGAAUGCAGCAAAAUACCCCGACUACCCAAUGGCACCUGUUGUGCAUGCCGUUGUGGAGACAAACCCCGAGUUUCCCACUUCCAACGUCGAUCUCUUUGCAUGCGGCAGCACUCUAGGCAACCUCCUCCGCUUCGCCCGUGGCAUUGACAAAGCCUUCCGUUUCAACGUUGAGGUUAUUGGCAACACUGUUUUCUUCGUUCGCAAGGAGAACGAUCCGAAAGAGAUCAUCAAGGACAUUAGAGGCUUCGGCCAUACCUUCCCAGAAGCUUACACCACAUGGGACAACGAUGUCAAGGGCUCUGACACACAUCAACGCAUCAUACAAUACACAUUCGGGGGACUGAACUGCCUCGUUCGGUUCGAGAGUGAUGGCUAUAUCAAGGGUGUUUCGAAAGGUAGCGACAAAUUGUCUGACAAGGGCACAACAGGUGAAGAUGACCUUCUUCAAGCACUGCAAGGUACAACUAUCGGCCACUCCUCCAAGACGUUCAGCAAGACCUUGGAUAGGAUCUCAGUCAAGCGCGGUGGCUCAGCGGUUCCACAGAGCUCUAUUUUCGACAUGAAGACACGCUCAGGAAAAUAUAACAAAUUCAUCGACAUGCGUGACAUUUCGUCACAACUUUGGCUGAAACAAAUCCCCAACUUCAUCCUCGCGUAUCAUGACGGCCAUGGGUUGUUUCAAGAUAUCCGCGUGCAAGAUAUCAGGGACGAGGUGCAGGCCUGGCAGAUGGAGAACAAAGACGGUAUUCGUCGCUUUGCUGUGCUUCUCAAAAAAGUCUUAGCAGUUGUAAAGAACGAAAGACGAGUACUGCUUGAGAUUUACUGCCCAGGAGCAGAUCGCCUGGAGAUACGAGGUCAGUACGGAGAGGGCACGCAUGCACUACCAAUGCAGUUGGCUGACCGUUGGGCCGACGAUGGAUCUGAUGCGGACCUCGUCACUCAUAGUAUUGCUGCCGAUGAAAAACAUGGACUGGAUGAGAAUGGAGAUCAUGAUGAGUUCAAAUACAGCAACCUUGAUGACGAUGAUUCGGGUACUGAGCCGGACUAUACAGCCUGUACCGCUCAUGGCUGUGGGUACUGCGGAAAAUGCACAUACUGA